GCGCGCAUGCGCAAACGCUGCAUCCGGUGUGGCGGUCUAAUCUAGGAGUCUGGGGCAUCGGCCGAAGUACUUAGGGUGUAGUCAUGUCGGCGUCUGUAGUGUCAGUUAUCUCGCGAUUCCUAGAAGAGUACUUGAGUUCCACUCCGCAGCGUCUGAAGUUGCUGGACGCGUACCUCCUGUAUAUACUGCUGACCGGGGCGCUGCAGUUCGGUUACUGUCUCCUCGUGGGGACCUUCCCCUUCAACUCUUUCCUCUCGGGCUUCAUCUCUUGUGUGGGGAGCUUCAUCCUAGCGGUUUGCCUGAGAAUACAGAUCAACCCACAGAACAAAGCAGAUUUCCAAGGCAUCUCCCCGGAGCGAGCCUUUGCUGAUUUUCUCUUCGCCAGCACCAUCUUGCACCUUGUUGUCAUGAAUUUUGUUGGCUGAAUCAUUCCCAUUUACUUAAUGAGGAGUAGGAGACUAGAAGAACGUUCACUUUUUGGUUUCCCCUGGAUACAAGUUCCAAAGAUGGCAGCUUGUUGGACACAUGGAUUUUCUUCAGAUUUGUAUUUACCUCUGAAUCUGAUUGGUAUGCAGGUGGAGAGCCCAAAGAAGUUCUCUUUCUCUGUGUCAGAACAACUUGUAAUGAACAUCUAUUAACAUGACCUCUGCCUUCUAUUAAGUGUAACCUUUUGCCUUCCAAAUUAAAAAACUCCAUGCUACUCCUC